CUUUUAUUGCUGUUGAAUAGGUCAUUUCUCCAAGGCAGUCCUAACAACGUGAAUAGGCCUGCUGAAAGGAAAGCUGCUUGUUAUGAAUAAGAAMAAGUUCCAGAACUGCUGUCAUAAACUACUGCAGCAUCAGCUGAUGAGAAUUUUUUUUUCAGUGCUGUGAAGUUUGCAGAACAGCAAAGUAAUUUAAGUGGGGCAGUUUUUUAAGGAAAAAUGUUGGAUCAUUGAAAGUACUAAUUCUAAUGAUCUGCAAACAGUGAAAAUUCCCAGGUCCGAGUAAUGAUGGAUUUAUGUAACAGCUCAAAAGGGAUAUGUUUAACAGGUCCCCCUGGUCCCCCAGGACCUCCUGGACUGGAUGGAAUGCCUGGUCACAAUGGAUCAGAUGGAGUUCCGGGUAUACCAGGACAAAAGGGUGAACCAGGAUUAAAUGGAAAAAGAGGAAAAAUAGGUGCCCCAGGACCGAAAGGUGAGCAAGGAGCAAAAGGAGAACCAGGAGAGAUGGGUUUACCUGGCAAGGAUGGUAUGCCAGGAAGAAAAGGUGCAAGAGGAGCAAAGGGUGAAAAAGGGGAUGCAAACAACAAUGUGAUAUUGGAAGGUACAAAAGGUGAACCUGGACCACCAGGGCCCCCUGGACCACCUGGGCCCCCAGGACCUCCAGGAAAACGUAAAGGUAAAGCACAACUUCAGGAGAAUAUGUACAGCAGCAAAUGCGCAGGUGAGACAUGUGCUGCUCCAAAUGAUGACACUUUGGUUGGAAAAGCUGAAGAGAGAACCAGUGAUCAUUCAAAAAAACCUGAGUGUGUUAUAACAUCUGUAGGAACUCCURUUCACCUUGUCACUGUGCAACAAACGUUUGGAACUUGGAUGCGGGAACCUGCUAAUAUAAGUGAUGAGCGGAUUUGGCUUACCAUGCAUUUUUCAGGAAACUCUAUAAAAGAAUAUGAGAAUUCCAAUGCGUUGCUGAAUGACAGCUACAGGAUCAUUAACAUCACAGGAUUCUUCUAUGGCUGUGGUCAUGCAGUACAAAAUAAUCAUCUGUACUAUCAAAAGGGAGGAACCAAUGUCAUUCUGAAACUCGGACUCGAUAAAGCAUCAGCGGGCACACUGAUAAUUGAAAAUGCACUAUAUCAUGGUCGUAACUAUCUCUUUUCUAACUCGAAGACGUAUUUUAAUGUAGCAGUGGAUGAAAAGGGUCUUUGGAUUAUAUAUGCCUCAAGUACUGAUGAAAAUAUAAUAGUAGCACACGUUGAUGAAGAGACGUUUUCAGUCAUUCGGCACAUCAACACUACAUAUCCUAAGUCCAAGGCUGGUAAUGCAUUCAUAGCGUGUGGAGUUAUGUAUGUUACUGAUACUAAGGAUAUGACAGUAACGUUUGCUUUUGAUUUAUUGAAAGAGAAGCAGAUAGAUGCAAGUUUUGAAUUACGCUCUUCACARUCUGUUCUUGCUAUGCUGUCAUACAGUUUAAGAGAUAAGAACUUGUAUACUUGGGAAAAUGGAAGUUUAAUGGUAUACCCUGUACGUUUUGGCAGAUGAAUAUGCUAUAGAAUGRUGUGUUGUGGGAGCUAAUCUAUUUGGCUAAAUAGAUUAUUUAAAGCUAUAUCAUACAUAGCAGUUGGGUCUCUUCCCUUCUCAAUAUACAGCUCUUCGCUGAGGCAGUUUUAUGCAUGCAUUACAGGGAGAUCAGCCCCUUUUGUAUAAGUAUGCUUAAAAUUAUACAGGCCAUUUCUGGCUUUUUAGGAGGAGAGUUGUCCAGUAUUGCAGCUGGCACCCAGCACAGACUUGCUUUUGUUUUUCCUCUGUUAUUCAGCCUGUAAUUUACAUUUAAUGUACACUAAUUAUUCCACAGUCAUGUGUUCAGCAGUGACUAUUUUUAACUCACAGUUGCAAUUACCUUAUCUGCAAUCAUUUUCUAGUCGGUGAUUAUGGUUUAGUAUAAAUGUCUAAAUAAUGAACUCUUGUGUACAAAUACAUUUAUCUAUCAUUUUCACUUAAUACUUCCUACUGCCUCUCUGAAUAUUUUUGAUAAUAAUAUACAGCUGUUAAAAAGGAGGAGGAUGGAAGCAGCUGUUUAAAUAGGGAAAAAAAGCAGAAACUUGAAAUCGAUGAGUCUGACCAACCAUUACCUAAUCAAAAGUGAAAUCCAGCCCAAGUAUAARGAGAAUGGGAAUAACAACACGAUUAAGUAUUGUGUUGAGUGAAGGGGGAAGAAAAGUAAUUAGAUAUAAACUAAUAAAAGAUGUCAAUAUAUAAGAUUAAAACUCCAUUUUUAACAGUGUUUGAGUUGCUUGUGUUGCUGCAGACUCCUUCUUCCUCCUCAYGGGUAUGUAAACUAUAGCA